GUUCAAAAAUCAAAACAUAACAUAACAUAAGAGGUUAAUAACUCUGCAACACAAAGAGCACAAACACAAACAUGGCUGCAUGUAAAUUGCAAGGUACGAUUGUAAGAAACCAAUUCAUAGAAAAAAAGGUAGCGCCCAAAGAGCGUAACUCUGCGGUGGUUCAAGCAGUGGUUACUCGUGAUAAGUUUAAUGUUAAGAUCCCUCAAUUAGCCACUACAUAUACACCCUUGCCUUUCACAAUACCCUUGAUUGAGAAAGCCAAAGAAAUUAUUGUAGAGACAGAAGAUACCACUUCUGCUGGAAAAUUUGGUAGGUUUGGAGGGAAGUUUGUACCAGAAACACUUGUAGUGUGCUUCAACCAGCUUGAAGCUGAGUUCAAAAAUGCCCUCCACGAUGAUGUUUUUCAGGCAGAGCUAGCAACAGCAUUAAGAGACUAUGUUGGUAGAGAGACACCUUUGUAUCAUGCUCAAAGGUUGUCAGAGCAUUACAAAAGCAAGAAUGGUGGGAAAGGGCCUGAAAUAUACUUAAAAAGAGAGGAUCUCAACCACACUGGCUCUCACAAGAUGAACAAUGCUCUUGCACAAGCUAUGAUUGCCAAGCGCAUCGGUCUAAAAAGUGUCGUUACGGCCACCGGUUCAGGACAUCACGGGCUAGCAACAGCUGCUGCAUGCGCAAAACUUGCUUUGGAGUGCACAGUCUUUAUGGCUGCGAAAGACAUGGACAGACAAUCAUCUAAUGUACGGUUGAUGAAGCUGUUAGGAGCUAAGGUUGAAGCUGUUAAUGGAUGUUUUAAAGAUGCAUCAUCAGAGGCUUUUCGUUGUUGGGUUGGAGACCUGGAAAACAGCUACCACUUGUCAGGUUCAGCGGUGGGACCACAUCCAUGUCCCACCAUGGUACGUGAGUUUCAGUCAGUGAUUGGGAAAGAAACAAGGAAACAAGCAUGGGAAAAAUGGGGAGGAAAACCAGACAUUAUUGUUGCAAGUGUUGGAACAGGUUCAAAUGCUUUAGGUAUGUUCCAUGAGUUUCUAUCAGACACAGAUGUGAGAUUGAUUGGAGUUGAAGCUGCUGGUUUAGGGUUAGAAAGUGGAAAACAUUCUUCCACUUUAACCAAAGGAGAAAUGGGUGUUUAUCAUGGUGCUAUCUCCUAUUUAUUACAAGAUGGUGAUGGACAAAUUAUUGAACCUCACUCCAUUGCAGCAGGGAUGGAGUACCCAGGAGUUGGUCCAGAGUUGAGUUUCCUCAAAGAAAGUGGACGUGCAGAGUUUUGUGUCGCAACCGAUGAAGAAGCUCUUGAUGCGUACGAGAGAUUAUGCAAAUUGGAGGGUAUAUUUCCAUCUCUGGAGGCAGCACAUGCAUUGGCUAUAUUAGAUAAGGUUGUUCCAACUUUACCAAACGACAAUAUUAAGGUUGUUGUAAAUUGUAGUGGACGUGGAGACAAAGAUGCGGAUAUAGUCUUCAAUUGUAGAAAAUAACACUGCACUAUUAUUAAUAUUCCAUAUAAAUUGUAUCCAAAGGAAAAGGAAAAACACUAUAUGCAUGUGUAUAUAAAUUAGGCUUAAAUAUCUAAAAUAUAAGCCACCUACUUGUUUGAAUAGGCCCCCCGAGUCUGUACUUUGGAAUCAACAUAAGAUUGAAUAUAUUCAUGCAGGGUAAUUUCAGUUAA